GACAGUGAAGUAAUGAGAGUUAUGAGACUGUAUGAAAGCAUACGAUCGUGUAUGUUUCCAAAGGGAGAUUUGUACAGGAAGGCGCAGCCAUUGUUAAAGUAUUCCAGCAAUUUGGGAGUGAGCCUCUCACAGCCCAUAAAGUGACGUCAUCUCAGUGACACCCUGUAAAUACAGAUGGCAGAGGCUGGCAGGGAGGUAGCGGCCCGCGUUGUGCUUCAGCAGUGUUUAUACGCCAAGCUGCAAGUGAAACCCCCGGAUCGGGACUCUGAGGCAGAAUGGGUCGAGAUCAAGAGGGGUAUGGUUGUGUAUGUUUGCUUCUUCAAAGGGGCAGAAAAUGCUAUUAUUCCAAAGAUGGUGACCUCUCUGCUGAACGUGAAGCUGAGUGAGACCGACACUGGGAAAUAUGUUUCCAUCAAAGACCUCCCAGGAGACGUCCUUGUCGUCCCCCAGGCCACACUAGGUGGAAAGACUAAAGGUCGCUGCAUGCAGUACCAUUCAAAUGCAGGAAAGGAGCAGGGAAUGGAAUUAUAUGCCCAAUUUAUAGUUCAAUGCCAGCAAGAGCUAGGGGCUCACCCCACUUGGACAGAAGCAGGAGCUGUGCUCCAUCAUGGAACAUACGGAAACAGACAAGUCCUACAGCUUAACACCAAUGGGCCUUAUACCCACCUGUUGGAAUUUUGACCUCUCGUCCAUGUGUCUAGAGAACUGUAGAAACAAUCCUGUUGUCUUUAAACCUACUGUGGACAGUAACAAUAUCAGAA